AUGCUCAGGUUGUUGUUUUCUAAUUCUCCAACAGCUGAGAAGCAGCCGGACCUCAGGAUUGUUCUUCUUGGAAAAACUCAAGUUGGAAAAACCUCAGCAGCAAAAACCAUCUUAGGGAACAAAGAUCAUGCUUGGGUUUCCUCAGCCACAUUGUUCUGUGAGAAGAAAACCAGUGUAAAUGCUGGUCUAAAUGUCACUGUUAUUGAUACUCCAGGUGUGUUUGGGACUAUAAACAUUAAUCGCGAUAUUAUGAAGGAGAUCAAUAAAGGCAUCAGCAUGGCAGCUCCUGGUCCUCAUGUCUUCCUGAUUGUGAUCCAACCGACCAGAUUCACACCAGAAGAUGAAAAAAUAGUGAAAAUAAUUAAGGAAACAUUUGGAGAAGAAGCAGCCAGAUACACCAUGGUCCUGUUCACCCAUGGAGACGAGCUGAGAGAGGAAAACAUUAACAUAGAAGACAUGUUAAAAAGACGCCAUCCUCUAAAACUCUUCACCAGUCAGUGCUCCAGCUUGGAGAAGUUUGAAGAUAAAUAUCAUGUUUUUGACAAUGAAGUUGAGGAUCCUGAUCAAGUCAGCAAACUGCUGGAGAAGAUCCAAAGAAUGGUUCAGCAAAAUGGAGGACGUUACUUCCUCCAAAAUGGAGGACGUAAUGUCCGCCGUAAUGUCCUCCAAAAUGAAGGCAGUUACUUCUUCCAUUUUGAUGAGAUGUUCAGAUACUCUCUGAGAGCGAAGCAAGAAAAAUUUAAACGAUCGCUCAGAGGAAAUCCAGGCUUUAAUCCUGAAGGUGCAGAAAGAGCUGAUCCUCAAGACUGCAGGAUUGUUCUUCUUGGAAGAACUGGAGCUGGAAAAAGUGCAGCAGGAAACACCAUUUUAGGAGGAAGAUAUUUUCAGUCCAGAGCCUCUGAGUCCUCUGUGACAUUGGUCUGUCAGAGGGAAAGCAAUUAUUUCCAUGGCUUUGGUCUGGAUGUUGUUGACACUCCAGAUCUGUUUGGGUCAAACCUGGAGUACCUGGUCUGCCCCAAACAGAUGGCUCGAUGCGUCAGCAUGGCGGCUCCUGGUCCGCAUGUCUUCCUGAUUGUUCUCCAACUGACCAAAUUAACACCACAAGAAAGAAAAACUGUGGAAAUAAUCCAGAGAUUGUUUGGAGAAGAAGCAGCCAGAUACACCAUGGUCCUGUUUACAUAUGGAGAUGUGCUGAAAAAGAAAAACAUAACAAUGAAAAGCAUAAUAGAAAAACACCAGCCUCUAAAACACUUCAUCAAUCAGUGCUCUGUCUUGGAGAAAUUUGAAGAAAAAUAUCACGUUUUUGACAACAUUACUGCAGAUAGAACUCAAGUCCAGGAACUUCUAAAGAAGAUCAUGAAAAUGGUUGAGCAAAAUGGAGGAAGUUUCUACAGCAAUGAGAUGUUCAGAGAGGCACAGAGAGCCAAGCAAGAAGAAAUGGACCGACGGCGCAGAGAAAACCCAAAAACGUUUGUUAAAGAUGGAAGAAAACAGGCAGAGAGAGAGAACUCAUUUAUCCGUGCUGCUAUGGAUGCUGCUGCAGGCGGAGCUGCUGCAGGCGGAGCUACUGCAGGCGGAGCUGCUGCAGGUGGAGCUGCUGCAGGUGGAGCUGCAGCAGGCGGAGCUACUGCAGGCGGAGCUGCUGCAGGCGGAGCUACUGCAGGUGGAGCUGCUGCAGGCGGAGCUACUGCAGGUGGAGCUGCAGCAGGCGGAGCUGCUGCAGGCGGAGCUGCUGCAGGCGGAGCUGCGGGUGGAGCUGCUGCAGGUGGAGCUGCAGCAGGCGGAGCUACUGCAGGCGGAGCUGCAGCAGGCGGAGCUGCAGCAGGCGGAGCUGUGGGUGGAACUGCUGCAGGUGGAGCUGUGGAGCUGCAGCAGGCGGAGCUGCGGGUGGAGCUGCUGCAGGUGGAGCUGCAGCAGGCGGAGCUACUGCAGGCGGAGCUGCAGCAGGCGGAGCUGCGGGUGGAGCUGCUGCAGGUGGAGCUGUGGGUGGAACUGCUGCAGGUGGAGCUGUGGGUGGAGCUGCAGCAGGCGGAGCUACUGCAGGCGGAGCUGCUGCAGAUGGAGCUGCGGCAGGUGGAGCUGCUACAGGUGGAUCUUCUGCAGGUGGAGCUGCUGCAGGUGGAGCUACUGCAGGUGGAGCUACUGCAGGCGGAGCUGCUGCAGGUGGAGCUGAUGCAGGUGGAGCUGAUGCAGGUGGAGCUGAUGCAGGUGGAGCUGAUGCAGGUGGAGCUGCUGCAGGUGGAGCUGAUGUAG